CAUAGAGAAAGUGUGACAAUAUGUUACUUGCAUAAUGUAUUUAUUUUUUUUACAAGAUAAAGGGACAUAUUUAUAAUACAAUCUUAAAGGCUAUCUAGUGCACGUCAUGACUUUUUAUUUUUUAGACAUGAAGGUAAGAGAAAUGAUCCGUUAUGGCUACAUUUAAAUGUUUGACUUUGAAUAAGAUGAUGCUCCACGCCUUUUCGAUAUCGGAAAAGGAAUAACACGAGUCUGAUGUGUUGAGUGUAACCCCCGGAACUAUACGAGUGCGCAUUUGUUUCCGCCCGGCGUUAUUUUACACCUGCACACUAGAUACCCCUCCGCUGCAACCACCGCCGCGGGAGCGCGCACAUAUAUGUUUUCCAACGUUCGUGGGGUGUUAACAUCAUGGCCGCGUGAACAGUACAAUGAAUACAGCCGACAUGGCGGACUCCAUAGGGCCGAAGCUGGACUUCACCCUGAAAGAGCUCACUCUCUCCUGUCCGACGGAAGACGUCGACGUGCCCGGCAGCUCGUCCCGGGUGGAGCUGUGGGACAACAAGCUGGUGUGCGUGGAGUAUCCGGCGGUGGUCCAGAGUGUGGACAAGAUGCUGGACACUCUCGGGGGUGAAAAAGGAGUGUCCAAAACCUACGCUCACCCCAACAGGCGUCUUGAGCUGCGCUUCCGACCUCAGGACCCUUUCUGUCACUCUCUGUGCGGAAACCGCUUCCCAUCGAGCAACCUCGUCCUCAAAGUGCGCCGGCGCGUGCGGAAAAAGGACCCCACGGACGCUAAGAUCCACAUGGAGAUACUCGGAAUCAUAGGAACGACGUACAAAUUCCAAGGGAUGGCGGACUUUCAGUGCCUCGCUGUGCACUCAGAAGGCGGAGAAGACAUCUCUUUGUACAACAAGAUCAUCCUCCGUAAAUCCGAGAAUCAAGAGUUCUUUCACCAGCCCAUGCCCCUCUUCCUCCCACCAGCCAGCUUCUCCCGCCUCGACUCUCCUGUGGACUAUUACUACCGGCCCGACAUCUAUCAGCGUUCACCCCAGGUGCCCAUCAGCAGGAACAACUUUAUUGGGUUGAAUCGAGCUCGCCGGCCCCACAACGCCAUUUUUGUCAGCUUCGCGGAUCCCACCGUGCCCACCGAGUGCCUCGAGGCAGCCAAGGCCAACUGGGCACGAGUGUGUGUGAAGGAGAAAGACAAGCAGGUCGAGGAACAAUUGAGAAAGAUGUUUGAGAGCCGACACAUCUGGUCACGAAAUGCAGUCAAGGCCAACAUCAACAUCCACCCUGAUAAACUGAAACUGCUGCUGCCCGUCUUCGCCUACUACAUGGUGACGGGACCCUGGAGGAGUCUGUGGGUGAGGCUGGGCUACGACCCCCGAAAGAGCCCAGAAUCCAAGAACUACCAGAUACUGGACUUUAGGAUCCGCUGUAGCACCAAACACGGGUAUUUAUUAUCUGACAUACCAGUGAAAGCCAAGAGGAGUGCCCUGAACUACAGUCUGCCGAUCACAUUCAACAAAUCAGGUCCGCAGGCAGCUAGUGUGAUGGAGCUUCCAACUCAGGAGGGGCCCAGCUCCAGUCGAGAUCCAGUCCCGAUCACUUUCCAGCAGAAGGAGUCGUCCUACAUUUUCAGAGAGGGCAUGCUGCCUCCUCACAGACAGAUGUUUUACCAGCUCUGUGAUUUGCAUGUGGAAUGCAUCAAACAGGAGGUUCAGCAGAUGGCCGAUGAGCAGGUAUGCGACGAGCGGGACGGCUGGUGUGUUCUCGGCACCACGGACAAGCUGAGGGACAUAAUCUCAGCCAUGAUCAAGAAGAUCAUCCGAGCCCAGAGACCAUCGUUGCCGGAAUUCCCCAAGAAACGCAGACGAAUAGGCCUGAAUAAGGAGAGAGAUAAGGAUGAAGAGGACGAGUUGCCGGAAGACGAGAACAAGGACGACGAAGACGAAUAUGAUGAGGAUGAGUUUCAGCCGUCGGAGGGCAGCGAAAACGAGAUGGAGACAGAAAUUCUGGAUUACAUGUAAAAAAAUCACUGCCAUUUUGAUGACGUUGAUUUGGAAUGUGUUAAUAUUUAACUUGUUUGUCAAAGGUGAUAUGUUUCAAUUGUUUUUUUUUUACUUAAAUGGAAAUAAAAAUGGAAAUAGU